GAAGAGCGAAUCCACAAGACGAACACAAACACUGAAAACACGCACUUUCUCCUUUCUUAGUUGCUACUUCUGCAUCUCCCCUUCCCUUCUUUCAUUCUUUGUCACAAAACUACAAAGUCACUGAGUUUAGUGCUUCGGCAAAACCAAUGGAUGAUGAUAUUGUAGGACUCGGUUUUCGUCCAACAGAAGAAGAACUUGUGGACUUUUACCUCAAACACAUGUUGCUCGGCAAUGAUCCCCGUGCCCACGUCAUCCCUGUCAUUGAUCUUUGCGAUGUGGAACCUUGGGAUGUACCAGUGAUGUUAGCAAAAUCAUCAUCAACUAUACGAUUUGGUGACCCAGAUUGGUUUUUCUUCAGCCCUGUUGAUUUCAAGUAUUCAAGAAGUAAAAGGUUUAACAGGACAACCAAGUGUGGCUUCUGGAAACCCACUGGAGUAGACCGUGAAGUUAGGACCUUUGAGACCAACACUCUAAUUGGGACUAAGAAAACUCUUGUUUUCUAUAAAGGCCGUGUUUCCCGCGGUGUCAAGUCCAUCUGGGUUAUUCACGAAUAUCACGCUGUUACCUUUCAUGAGAGCCAGAGGACUUUUGUUUUAUGUCGCUUGAUGAAGAAACCUGGGAAAACAACUGAAGGCGGAACUGAUGCACUCAUCUGUGAUGAAGGGGAGCCCAGUAGACACAUGAUUUCUGUCUAUGGAAAUCAGGAAAAAGCAGAAGGAAUUCCAUCUGGAAGUACUUGUAUUGGAAUGGAAACAAUCCUUCAGGCAACCCCUCAGGCAGAGAAAUACUUCUCUCCAAUACACCAGAGUCAAACUGGUAUUGAGGAAGAAGCAUCUUUUUCAAGCUAUCCAUUUAACAAUGCCUAUUUUAGAAAUGAAAACAACCCUAUGCAGACUUCAUUUGAAACUACAGAGGAAAUGCAGACUUCAUUUGAAAUUACUGAGGAAGUUGAAUUCCUAAACUCAAUUUUAGUUGAUGAGAGUUUUGUUAUCGAUAAAGAAAGUAUGCAUGUUUUUGUUAAUAGCUCCACCCAAUCAGAGUCAUUGAGUGAUACAGAUGCAGAAGUUGUCUCUAAACUGGAUGGCAAUACUGUGGAUAUUUCAACAGUGUGCCAUGAAUAUCCUAAUUCAGAUGAAUACCAUUCAUCAAAAAGGUUUAAAUCAUCACAUGAUGUUGUCCAUGGUGGCAUAUGUUUUCCAUCUUCUAAUCCUGAAGCAAAACAAGAAACAAAGGAAAGCAUGUUUCAAGAUGACUUGUGGGGAUUGGAAACAUCCUCUUGUGAGUCAACUGCAGACAAACCUUUGAAGAUUAGUUGCAUUGAAAUUUCUAGUUCUCCUUCCACUUCAUGGAGAUGGGAAAAUUAAUAUCAACAGACUGGACAACUUCAUAUGAUGGGAACUAAGAUCCUAGUUAGCUCCAUUAAUGGAUCGGUGGUAGUUAAUUAUUAUAAGUAAAUGUUAUAAAAAAUGACUGAUCUCUAAUAGCAAGUCUAUUAGAAAACUGUUCUAUGCUAGAAACUGCAUGAUGACAAUUAUGCAUAGAAAAUACUACAUUUAUUAGCAGUUAUGUAUUACGAUUUAGGAGUACAUGUGAUAGGAGGCUGGCCCAAGCAUACCACUCACAUGCCUCUUAGGUUUAAAAACUAUAUUUAAUUUGGACUUAAGUUGUUAUUUCCCUAAAAUGGCCCAGCUAUAUCGGACAUUUCUUUGUAGUCCACUUUAUGCUAGGUCUUAGUUUGUAUUUAAAAGGGUACUGUUGCUUUGAAUCAUUAUGAAUGGAAAAUAUGAUGUUCAAUUUAUCUUC